AGUACACUCUUACCAGUGUUUGUCAACGUUCUCAACGUCGUCGCCAAUGAUGGUAAUGGUUCAAUGUUUCAUCGGAAGCUAGUAUUAUUGGCCUGGGCUCGUUGUCGUCGUCGCUGUGGUCGUUGCGAGAUUUUGUACAUACCAAAAGCACGAAUAAUAACCUUAAUGAUACUUAUCAUUCAUACAAACGAUGCUGUUCGUCGCCAUAGGCAGCGACGACGCAAUAGAAUCAAGUGUAAUGUGAAUCAGUUUUUGCAAUGAUUCGCUUUCUCAGAGAAUAGUUCUAGUGAGUCCGUUUGUGGUGGGUACCACGGAUUGACCACGGAUCAAAGAACCAUGCAGACCGCGUAACCCAUUGCUGCUCUCCACUCUCAACGACCUGCAAUCUGCUCUUUGACGUCGUUGACGCCAAUGAGCCUAUAUGGCCCACAGACAUGAGACAACAGCGCCCUUGCCAAGUGCCUUUACUUCGAUUUCCUCGACACUCACCGCAUCGGACAAGCUGCUCUCAUCCGUGCUGACACUCCCCGCAAAUCCGUGCAUUGUCUAUGCGACAUACUCCCCAUCUGGAACAGCACCUCCAUACGAAAUACUAGAGUCUGCACGGAGACAGCUGGUUUCACGAAAUCAAGCUUCUACUUUUCAAGACUCAAUCCUUCCACAUGUUCACAUCGAUCGGGAUAUGCCAACCUUUCAUGCGUUCAUUGUAGCAUCCGAUGAGCUACUCGACAACUCUCUGUCUGUUCUGAAACAGCUCAGAUUCGAUGAUCUGAUAAUCUCAGAAACUUCUUCCUUCACACCACAUGGGGUCUAUCCAUGCAGUUUGACAUGUGCAGACAGUCGAACUCCAUGUGCAUCGUGUCUUGCUCACGCUGAUCUUUCAUCCAUCUCCACCGCCCGCCUCCUUCCACGGAAGCCACUCCGACAAAUCUACGCUCGAUUUAUCGAUGCUGUCCGGACACGCCUCAUAGACUAUGUUGUCAAUGCAUCCUUGACUUCUGCCCUUCGCUUCCACAAUGGCUUCCUGCUCGUACCCAAUGUCAUAUCCAACGAGUGGGGCGCAGACUGGGAUCAUCAUGCGCAAUUGCGCCCGCUCGUCCACUGCCACCUCGAUUUUCACCUCGCUUCCAACCGGCUUGAGGUUCACUCCAUCUUUCGGCCUUUCCCACACGUUCCCCUUCCUGCACUUCUCCCCCUCCCACCUGGUACACCUCUCACCCUUCUCCCUACCGGCGCCCCUGCCUUCUUCCUAGCCAAUUACUCAGGUCCUACUGCUUCUCUCACCGCGCAUUUUACUCGCUCCCUUGCACCGCACCCCCUCCCGCGCCCCAAAGACCCCCAAUAUAUCAUCGCGUGGCUCGCGGUGCAAAACAAGCAGGGGGAGGACAAGGGCACGCCAAUAAUCUGGCCUACAGCCCUGUGUUUAGUUUCGAAUUCAUCAUCACGCAAGCCACUGGCACAUAUCCCAGAGCUACCUGCGCAGCUCCAGCCUUCCCCGCCUCCACCACCUCCCCCGUCAAUCAAUGUCGGAACACCCCAUGUAGACUCGCCGAGCACACCGCUUAGGGUUUUAACGAACCACCCGCUGACGCGUCGUCCCGCCACAGCUUCUCCAUCUCCCCUCAGAGCUCUCCGCACGUUAACCCUUUCGCACACUCCCAGCCUGCAGAAUGUCGCAUCAGAGGUCGGCAGUUAUGUCGAGUCUGUCGUGCGUGAGAGAGAUCGGGAACGGGAGCGCAUUCGCAGGGAGCGCGAAGCGAUGGCAUCAGUAUCCGCGUCGCCGCAGGUAGUCACACCAGCUGCAGCUGCAGUCUCUACUGUCCCUACCCCAGUACCCGAUACAAAUCUUCCACUGCAUCCACCCCCUCCGGCACCCACUGAACAGCCACCUAUCCAUCCAAGUGUCUAUUACCCCUCUCCUGCAACUGCAAUUGAUCCCCCUGCUCCCCCUGGACCCCCAUCUGUGUCUGAACUUUCAAUACCGUUGCCACAGACGAACCAUGCCCCUGCCCCACCUUCAUUUGACCCAUUCAAUUCCAUGGACACCACCUGGUCGCAACCCACAUCCGACUUCAUGGACUAUGAUAUGGGUCCCGCUGGUCAACGCCGUAUCGAUGUAGACUUCGCAGACUACGAUACAUUCACAUUCACUGAUGAUGACUUUAGCUUCUUUGAUCGUCCCUCGCGCCCAUCAGAUGCUGCGCCCGCACCACUUGCGCUCUCACCAAGCAUAUUUGGUGUCGCAGAUGUUGGCGUGUCCUUUACCCCUGCAGCGGGCACUCAGCUCUCUCCAGAUGUCCUGACAUUCACUCCCGCACCCGCACCUGCUCUCCCCUCUCCGACUACCUCAAGCUCAGCGCCUUCCACACCUCAUGUGAAGGUUACACACCCGCCGUCCCAGUUCGCUCGUACCUUUGACCCCGUCGCAUUCGCUCCUUCCCACAGUCUUGCGGAUGCCAAGUACUCCUCUGCCGGAAAGUUUGCUCUCCCCAGCCCGCCGGACGAAGAGGACCGCACUUCACCCUUGCCCGACCAGCGUUCGCAGAGCUAUAGCACAGCUUCCCCUGCUGAUCUGCGUGCGCGGUAUAGCGCCGCAACAGACCCGCGCAUUAGCAUUGUACGCCAGCUUAUCGGCGUCAAGCGUAAGUCCAAGUCACUCGAUCAUGGAAGAGCGCGCUGCCGGCAGUUCCUCCUGUCCUCGUAUGAUGACAGUGUCCACGAGGAUACAAUUCCUCCGCUAGAGGACGACGAAAAGUCUGAGGCUAUUUCUGAAGAUGACGCAGACAUGGAUGACGAGCGUGAGCGCUCGACCACACCACCCCCAUCGUACCUCCCUCUAGGUCCCAUGCUCCUCCACACACAAUUCCACCACGCGCUCCUCCUGCCACUCUGCCAACCUCUUCGCCCGCCAGGAUCAGCAGUCGCGCCUAUGAGCCUAGUGCUUCCCCCACCGCCUGCGGCCGCACAUACACCGGUCUCUCCUGCUGCAUCAUUGGAGAAAAUUAAUCAGGAGUUGGCAGCGGCAGGCGCAGCGCUGGCGCGGGAGGUCGUUGAAAAUUCUGUUUGGGCUCGCGCUUGGGGUUGCUGUACCGCAGGGGAUGAGCAGGUUUGGCCCAGCGAUAUUCAGGAACUAGCGGGAAUCUUGAAGCGUGUGGAUGUUCUUGAUGGACCAGCAGAACUAUCGACAAUGUUCUCAUCCGGUGAAAAUGUUCACCUCCAAAGGCUGGACCCGCCCAUGUUUUCAGUAGGCAAGUCAGGCUGUGUCGUGCAAGUAUUGCCAUCAGCAUUGCGCUUCUGGGAGAAGCUAGGCCUCACGCCUCACGGUGGCAAAAGGGACGUCGUCGCUUUCGUGUUUCUCGAAGAUGGUGGCCUGGAAAAGCAGCAUCAGGCUGAGGUUUGGUUGAACAAGAUGUCUGUGGGAUAUAGUGCUAAGCAACUUGGAUCUUUCAUUCCUGGGAGCAGCACGAUGUGCUCAGCGGACGGAGUCCUGCCCCUGAGGCUGGAGAAUCUGAGGAAGUCCAUAAGGUCCUUUCUGCAAUGCUUGGAGUCAAGCAAUGAUCUUGUCUUCUUCAUAGCCAUUCCUGACCUAGCGAUCGGGCUUGCCUCACCCCUCCUGCGUGAAAUCUUUAGUUUCGUCAAGCAGACCCAGGUCAAGCGCUCUGAAGCUCCUAUUCUCUUCCAGUUUGUCCCCGAGCACCUUAUUUCCUCGGCAGAGAGCCCUUCCGGUGAAGACUCGGAAAUCGACGCCCUCUGUUAUGCCACCUAUCGACGCAUGCUCAAACCCGUCGAACGUUCCAUGGCUAGAGGAUUUCCCGACAAAACCGAAACAGUUGCAUAUUUUCAGGAGCAGCCCUUUGUUCUGGCCCGCCCCUCAAGUACUGUCCACUUCGCACAAACAACUCCAGCUCGGUCCCUUGACGUCAUGGAUCGACACACGCUCCUUCACGUUGGCUACCGAUUUUCUGCCUGUGGAAAAUGGUUAUUCGCUGCUUGUGUUGACCAACGUGGGGAAACCUACGAUCUCGGGACGUGGCUAAUACAGGACGAGAUAGAGACAUCGGCAGUGGUGCAAGUCUGGAAUUUUGCGGUGCAAUUUGCGAAGAGAGCAAACGUUGAGUGGCGGAUUGUCAUUGCGAAACUAGGGUCUAUGGCUGUCAGCGAAUUGGAAGGAUGGAACGUUCACCUGGCCGCUGCCGUCCCCCUGUGCAAUGAUUUGCCUCCUUUCCAUGUCAGCUUGCUUUCCGUGGAGCAGAAUUUAUGCUGGCCUAUCAUACCACAACUUAAUGAAACAUCAGCCUCGACGUCAUCCAGACGGGCACCUGCGAAGGAUUCCAAAUCUAUAUACGUGGACACUGCUGCCCCAACCUACACCAUAUAUCCAUCUACACGUAUUCCCCUUGCCUCGCGUUCUUGUCAGGAACAGCUAGAUUCGCCAUUCAUCCCGGACAACGACGGCACGACGACAUCUGAUUCAUCCAGCAUCCUGCCAAUAUCUACAUCCAUCCUCGUUCGGUCUCUGUCCACACACACGGCUUCUACCCAAUCAUCCAUCUACAUACAUCAUCUUCAUGCGCUUCACUCUCCUGGUUCUUCCCUCACCAUUUCAGAUGAUACCAUGCGCAAGGAUAUCACGGUCAAUUUUUAUGAAUUGUCUAUUCUUGCAGGCGCGAUGCUGGGCUUCCAAGAAUACCCUCUACUGCCUUUCCAUCUUGCUGCACUCGAAGCCAUGAACCAUUCCCUCAGACGGGAAGAUACCAGCUGAGGCUUUGCCUCGUUGUCUCUCCCUCAUCUUUUUAUCAGUAGAUCUGUCGCUAUCUUGCUUUUUUUUUUGGUAACUACCUUACAGUUGUUGCAUGUACCGCACUAUUUUGUAUCCUUACUGCUUACAUCCAUGAUCCCUCUUGCUUGCUUGAUCAUGUUUAUUACUAUGAAGUAAAAACACA